AUGUCUAGUUCUCUCUCUCUCUCUUUUUCACUGUCAUUCACGCGCACAAAGCUUUCACACUCUAGAAACUCAAUGCCAAGAAUGUCGGAAUCAAAUUUUUCAAUUAAUGAUAAUAACCAUCAGAAUAUGACCUAUUGUGCAUUAUCUAGUAAUGCAAACAGGGGGAUUCUUUUAGUUGCUGUCAUGGUAGUUUUAUAUUAUCUACGUACAUAUAAGAAGAGGAAGAUAGAGAAGAAUGCAAUGUCUUUGCCUCUUAGAACUUCUUUUAAAUUGGUUUCAAAAAAUUCAAUAUCAAAAAAUAUAAGAUCAGUUCGGCAUUCAAUUAAAAUGGUUAAACUGCCUGAUAUCCUAGAACAGCAUAGACCUGCUUCUUCUCCAGAGGUCGAUUAUUCUACUUUCUCCAACUAUCACCUAUUUAAUGUCCAAAAUACUACUUUGGAUUUGAAUAUUAACUUUAAGGAGAGUUUGAUUAACGGUGCCAUUCAAUUAGAAUUGACUAGAAAAGACGUCAAGACUAACGUAGUCAACUUAGAUACAUCUUUCCUAACUAUUCACUCCAUUGAAUUGAAUAAUUCUACUGUUGUCGCUGAAGAUUUCAAACUAAACGCUAGAAUCGAACCACUAGGUUCCAAAUUAGAAAUUAGCAACAUCAAAAAGUAUAUUAACAAAGAUACUGCUUUCAAUCUGAAAUUGUCAUUCUCGACAACAAAGGAUUGUACCGCAUUACAAUGGUUGACUAAAGAGCAGACAAACUCUGACAAACCAUAUGUUUUCUCUCAAUUAGAAGCUAUCCAUGCUAGGUCUUUGUUCCCAUGUUUCGAUACCCCUUCUGUCAAAUCGACAUUCGUCGCAAAUAUCACCUCUGAACUACCAGUUGUCUUUUCUGGUAUUGAGAAAAAUGUUACCGAUAACGGUAAUGGUACCAGCACUUACAGCUUCCAACAACAAGUUCCAAUCCCAGCUUAUCUAGUGGGUAUUGCUUCCGGUAAUUUAGUCAACGCAGAAAUUGGUCCACGUUCAAAGGUCUAUUGUGAACCUUUCAGACUAGAUGACUGUAAGUGGGAAUUCUCCGGCGAUGUUGAGAAAUUCAUUAAAGCAGCUGAAAAGAUCGUCUUCCCAUACGAAUGGGGUAGUUACGAUAUUUUGGUCAAUGUCAACUCCUACCCGUAUGGUGGUAUGGAAUCUCCAAACAUGACUUUUGCCACCCCAACUUUGAUUGCCUACGAUAAAUCAAACAUUGAUGUCAUUGCUCAUGAAUUGGCUCAUUCUUGGUCAGGUAAUUUGGUUACAAACUGUUCGUGGAAUCAUUUCUGGUUGAACGAAGGUUGGACAGUUUAUUUGGAAAGAAGAAUCACUGGUGCUAUUCAUGGCGAACCAACUAGACAUUUCAGUGCUAUCAUUGGUUGGAAUGAUUUAGAAAACUCUAUCAAAGCUAUGGCCAAUCCAAACAGAUUUUCUACAUUAGUACAAGACUUAAAAGAUGGCACCGAUCCAGAUGAAGCCUUCUCUUCAGUCCCAUACGAAAAAGGUUUCAACUUAUUAUUCCAUUUAGAGAACGUUUUAGGCGGUACUGCUGAAUUUGAUCCAUUUAUUAAACACUAUUUUACUAAAUAUUCAAGAAAAUCUUUGGACACUUACCAAUUUUUAGAUACUUUAUUUGACUUUUUCGAACACAAAAGAGAUGUCCUAGAAAAUGUUGACUGGAAGACUUGGUUAUACACACCAGGUAUGCCACCAAAACCACAUUUCAUCACUACUCUAGCAAACGAUGUUUACUCCUUAGCUAACAAAUGGGUUGAAAAUGCUAAAGCUAUGAAAACUGAGGAAGAAUUGAAGGCUAUUUUUUCCAUUAAAGAUGUUGACAACUUCAAUUCUAACCAACUUGUCUUAUUAGUUGACACAUUGGUUCAAUCUGAAACUGACGACUUCAAAUGGUCGUCUUACCCAGUUGCCUCUAACGCUUUCUUAUCCGUUUACCACGAAAAGGUUGUCAAGACUAGAAACGCCGAGGUUGUUUUCAGAGUAUUUAGGUUUGAAAUCACUGCCUGCAUGGAAGAACAUUACCAAGAAUUAGCCCAUUGGUUAGCCACUGUUGGUAGAAUGAAGUUUGUUCGUCCAGGAUAUAGAUUACUAAACAGCGUCGACAGAGACCUUGCCGUCAAGACUUUCGAAAAACUGCAAAACAUUUACCAUCCAAUCUGUAAGGCUUUAGUCAAGCAAGAUUUAGGCUUAUAA